AUGGCGUCCAUCACCACAAAGCUCUUGCACCACCUAGCACUGUUCCUCUUCCUUGUGCAGCUCACCGGCCCAGUUCUCGCCUCAAAGAUCAAGAGCCAUGCUGCGCUCAAGCCUCAGCCACCGAGCACCUACAUCGUCCAUGCCAACCACCUCGCCAAGCCGCCGCACUUCGCCACCCUCGAGGACUGGUACCAUUCCAUAGUGGCAGCCCACUCACCUCGCCCCACCAACACCAGCCGCAUCUUGUACACCUAUGACACCGUGAUGCAAGGCUUCGCCGUCCAGCUCACUGGCGACGAGGCCCGGCGCAUGUCAGGCACUCCCGGCGUCGCCGCUGUGUACGAGGACGAGAUGUUCUACCUUCAGACCACGAGGUCGCCGGGGUUCGUCGGCCUCGACCCGAAGAACGGCGCCUGGAACGAGACGAACUUUGGCGACGGCGUCAUCAUCGGCUUCAUCGACACCGGCAUAUGGCCCGAGAGCUCGAGCUUCAGUGACAACGGGCUCGGCCCCGUCCGGGCGAGCUGGAAGGGCAAGUGCGUCGACGCCGACGAUUUCAAUGCCAGCCUGUGUAACAACAAGCUGGUUGGAGCCAAGGCCUUCCGCGCUGGCAGGGCGGGGAGCAAGAUCUGCGGCGGCGUCCCCUCCCCGAGGGACAAGGACGGCCACGGCACGCACGUGUCCUCGACGGCCGCCGGCGCGGAGGUCCCGGACGCCGGCCUCCACAUGUUCUCGCGAGGGACCGCGUGGGGCCUGGCGCCCAAGGCGAGGAUCGCCAUGUACAAGGCGUGUGACAUCGACGGCUGCUCUGGGGCGGACAUCAUAGCGGCGGUCGACGCCGCGGUGAAGGACGGCGUGGACAUCAUUUCCAUGUCCCUCGGAGGCCAGCCGCGCUCCUUUCACAGCGACGCCAUCGCGAUCGCCACCUUUGGCGCUGAGCGCAACGGCGUCUUCGUCGUCCUCGCGGGCGGCAACGCCGGACCGGGAGCAUCUACGGUGAUCAACACGGCGCCGUGGAUGGCCACCGUCGGCGCCGCCACCGUGGACCGGCUGUUCCCGUCGAAUCUCACGCUUGGGAACGGUGCUGUGCUCGCGGGACAGUCCCUUUACGCCAUGCAGGCCAAGGGAACCGCCAUGAUGCCGCUAGUGUUCAGCGGAUCCCCUGGUGACUGGACGCCCGACACGGUCAUGGGGAAAAUCGUGGUGUGCAUGGACGGAGCAACCGACGCACAUGGCAUUCUCUUGCAGAAUGCUGGUGGAGCAGGGAUAGUUGGUGUGGAUCCUCGCGAGUGGUCUCGAGAUGGCACCACGGCCUAUGCCUUCACCCUUCCGGGUCUCGCGCUCAGCUACACCGCCGGCGAGAAGCUCAGGGCGUACAUGGCCUCGGAGCCCAACCCGGUGGGGUCCUUCAGCUUUGGCUGUGAGACGGUCAUUAGCAAGAACAGGGCGCCGGUGGUCGCCGGCUUCUCGUCGCGGGGCCCCAACCAGAUCGUCCCCGAGCUCCUCAAGCCCGACGUCGUCGCGCCGGGAGUGAGCAUUCUGGCGGCCUGGUCGGGCGACGCAUCUGUGUCGGGAGACUUUGUCGACGGGAGGAGAACCGCCUACAACAUCAUCUCGGGCACCUCCAUGGCGUGCCCGCACGUCGCCGGCAUCGCGGCGCUGAUCAAGAAGAAGUACCCCAGCUGGACGCCGGCGAUGUUACGGUCGGCGCUGAUGACGACCGCCUGGACGAUCGACAACCGCGGCCGGCGCAUCCGCGACAACGGGGCCACCGCUGACCUCAACGACGGCGUCAGGGUCGCGACGCCGCUGGUGGCCGGGGCCGGGUACGUCCACCCGGAUCUCGCGCUGGACCCGGGCCUCGUCUACGACGCCGGCAAGCGCGACUACGUCGACUUCCUGUGCGCCCUCAACUACACCGCGGAGCAGCUGCGCCUGUUCGUGCCAGACUUCGUCAGGUGCACGAGGACGCUCGCCGGCGGCCCUGCCGGCCUCAACUACCCGUCCUUUUCCGUGGUCUUCGACAACGGCACCGCCAUCCGCACGCUGACGCGGACGCUGACCAAGGUGUCCGAGGAGGCCGAGACGUAUAAUGUCAUCGUCAAGACGCCGAAGCACGUGAAGGUGACCGUCACGCCGACGACCCUGGUGUUCAACGAGCCCAACGAGAGGAAGAGCUACUCGGUGGAAUUCAGAAAUGAAGCCCGUGGAAACCGGAAGACAGAGUGGGGUUUCGGACACAUCAGCUGGGAGAACGAAAACCAUCGUGUCAGGAGCCCAGUGGCCUGCCAUUGGCAGAACUGA